AUGAACCCCGGUCGCCACAGGUGUGAACCAACGACAUCUGCAAACUCAACAUGGGAGACGGGCGACAAGCUGAACAGAGACCCAUGCAGCAUCCUAACAUCAGACCCUCAGAUGGAAGCUACUGGAAAGGAGCCUGUGGUCCUAACAGCCACCUCUCACCCCAGAGCAGAGAGGAAUGACCAUCAGUUGUCAGUGGCGGGCACAGAAGCAGAAGGGACCCCCUGCAGUGCCCUGACAAACCACACUAAAACAGACUCUGCAGGCGAAACGUUGGAGAGGAUUCACGCAGUCCCGAUCCACCGGCGUCCGGACCUGCUAGUCCCCUGCGCUGACCUGGUCAACUCGGAGUGGCAGAGGAGCCAGGCGGCCAGGGUCCACUCCCUGCAGAAGUCCUGCCAGGAGUUUCCUGUCAGCUUGAUCCUUCUCCAGGGCACCGGGGAGGCGGAGCGUCUCCUGGGUCAUGCCCGGCUGUCCAGGGUCAUAGGUCACGUAGGUAGUCUAUUCGUGGAGUCGGUGGUGGUGUCAAAAGCAGAGCGGGGUAAAGGUCAUGGGCGGAUCCUGAUGGAGGAGACGGAGCGGUACGCCAGCCGCCGCAGAUUCAAGCGCCUGUACCUGACCACCCACGACAAGCAGCACUUCUAUGCCCACCUGGGCUAUGUGCUGUCAGUGCCCGUGCAGAACGCGGGCGCCAUGACGACGUUCGUCCCCAUGGAGACACUGUUGAGGUUUUCCAGGAUGCCGGCAGCGGACACGCGGACAGAGAUGAGAGACAGUCAGACACGGGGGAUGGACGGAGACUCCGGAGGUGUCUGCGCUGGCAUGUCGCCCCCUCCUGCUGGUUUAUCUCCCCCUCCCCUCCUCUCUCCACGGCCCUCUCUCCCAAAGCUGCAAUCUCCUCCACCUGCUCCCUCCAUCCGGUCAUCUUCUAAUCUACCUCCUCCUCUCCCGCCUUCAUCUAUCCCCUCACCUCCACCUCCUCCUCCCCCUCCUCCAGCUCCCUCCAUCCCUCUUUCUCCUACUCCCACCCAUCUCCCCCCUCCUUAUUCAGCGGGACAACAGGCACCUCAGACACUCACUGAAACGCCCUACAGAGAUGCCAAGGGAGUCCCCAUCUUCUGGAUGCACAAAGACGUUUAA